GCCGUGGGCGUGGCCUCUGCGUGGCGCGCGCGGGCCGCCGGGAUCGCGGGACGCCUGCGGCGGUGGCGGCGACGACGGCGGCGGUUGUUGCGCUCGGUACUGGGGUCGCUGUCUGAGGCGCAGGCGCCGUGCGGUCCGCCUGCCCUCGGCCUCGGCCCGCUGUGUCCUCGUCAUGGCGACCGAGCGGAGGCCUUUCCACCUGGUGGUGUUCGGCGCCUCGGGCUUCACCGGCCAGUUCGUGGCGGAGGAGGUGGCCCGGGAGCAGGUGGACCCGGAGCGGACCUCGCGGCUGCCCUGGGCCGUGGCGGGCCGUUGCCGGCAGAAGCUGCAGCGAGUGCUGGAGAGGGCUGCCCUGAAGCUGGGAAGACCAACACUACCAUCUGAAGUUGGAAUAAUAAUUUGCGAUACCACUAACCCAGCCUCACUUGAUGAAAUGGCUAAACAGGCAACUGUUGUCCUCAAUUGUGUGGGACCAUACCGAUUUUAUGGAGAACCUGUGGUAAAGGCAUGCAUUGAAAAUGGAGCUAGCUAUAUUGACAUCUGUGGAGAACCUCAGUUUUUGGAACUAAUGUACUGGAAGUAUCAUGAGAAAGCUGCAGAAAAGGGGGUUUAUAUCAUUGGAAGCAGUGGCUUUGACUCUAUUCCAGCAGAUCUGGGAGUCAUCUAUACCCGGAACAAAAUGAAUGGUACUUUGACCGCUGUGGAAAGUUUCCUGACUAUCAAUUCAGGACCCGAGGGUUUAUGUAUUCACGAUGGGACCUGGAAGUCAGCCAUUUAUGGUUUUGGAGAUCAGACUAAUCUGAAAAAACUACGAAAUGAGUCAAAACUGAGUCCUGUCCCAUUCCUUGGUCCAAAGUUAAAAAGAAGGUGGCACAUUUCCUACUGUAGAGAACUCAGCAGGUAUGCAGUUUCUUUCUUGGGAGCCGACGUGUCUGUUGUGAGGCGGACUCAGCGUUACUUGUAUGAAAAUUUAGAGAACUCACCAGUACAGUAUGCAGCUUAUGUGACCGUGGGAGGCAUCACCUCUGUCAUUAAGCUUAUGUUCGCAGGACUCUUCUUUUUAUUUUUUGUGAGGUUUGGCAUUGGAAGGCAGCUUCUCGUAAAAUUUCCAUGGUUCUUCACCUUUGGUUAUUUUUCAAAACAAGGUCCAACACAAAAACAGAUAGAUGCCUCAUCAUUCACGAUGACAUUUUUUGGUCAAGGAUAUAGCCAAGGCGUUGCUCCUGAAAAGAACAAACCAAAUCUCAGAAUUUGUACUCAGGUGAAAGGACCAGAGGCCGGCUAUGUGGCUACCCCCAUAGCCAUGGUUCAGGCCGCCUUAACUCUGCUCAAUGAUGCCUCUGAUCUUCCGAAGGCGGGUGGAGUUUUCACACCUGGAGCUGCUUUCUCCAGAACGAAGCUGAUUGACAGACUCAACCAUCGAGGCAUAGAAUUUAGUGUCAUUAGCAGCUCUGAAGUCUAAACCCUUGAAGAAAUUAACUAGAGUCCUAAGAUAUAAGAAGUCACAGCUUCUGCGUUUGACCUUUGAAAUUCUUUUGUAAACCUGACUAUAUAUAGAAGAAGAUUUUGAACUUUGAAAUAACUGCACAUUAAAAGGAGGAAAGUGAACUAG